AUCAUCCCCAACUUUGACACAAUCUGUGUUUCUUGUAUGAGUGAGAUGCCUGUUAGUACCAUAAUUCAGCUCCCAUGGUGGUUUUUCUUUGUUGUGCAUCUGCUUCUUUCUGCUAGUUCUGAUGCUAAAGAUUUCGACAUCGACAGCCAAGAUGUUAAAAGAUCUCAAUUCCCAGAUAAUUUUCUCUUUGGCACAGCUACAUCUUCAUAUCAGGUUGAAGGAGGAUACCUUGAUGAUGGUAAAGGCCUCAGCAACUGGGAUGUUUUCAGUCAUGUCCCAGGAAACAUUAAGAAUAAUGAGAAUGGAGAUGUUGCAGAUGAUGAUUACCAUCUGUUUUUGGAAGAUAUUGAGAUUGCUCAUUCUCUUGGGGUAAAUUCAUAUCGGUUUUCGAUUUCAUGGGCCAGAAUUCUACCCAGAGGAAGGUUUGGGGAACUCAAUCCAAGUGGAAUCAAGUUUUAUAACAAUAUCAUAGACAACCUCUUGCUCAGGGGAAUUGAACCAUUUGUGACAAUAUUCCAUCAUGAUCACCCACAAGAACUGGAGGACAGAUAUGGAUCUUGGCUCAGUCCUCUGAUGCAGGAGGAUUUUGUUCUGUUUGCUGAAACUUGUUUCAAGAACUUUGGUGAUAGAGUUAAGUACUGGAUAACUAUCAAUGAGGCAAACCAGUUUGCAGAGAUGGCCUAUGUCAGGGGACUUUAUCCACCGGCUCGUUGUUCAGCUCCUUUUGGAAAUUGUUCUGUUGGCAAUUCUGACAUAGAGCCUUUUAUCGUUCUGCACAACAUGUUACUGUCACAUGCCAAGGCUGUUAAGCUAUACCGAGAACAGUUUAAGCCAGAACAAGGUGGUUCUAUAGGAUUAAUUGCACAUUCACACAUGUAUGAACCAUUAAGAGAUGGAGAAGCUGAUCUUCAAGCUGUGAAAAGAGCUCUGGCUUUUACAGUUGGCUGGGCAAUAGAUCCUUUAGUGUUUGGAGAUUACCCUCCUGAAAUGCGCCAAUACCAUGGAAGUGAACUGCCGAGGUUUUCCCCAGAAGAAACCGAGUAUGUGAAAGGCAGUAUUGAUUUUAUUGGCAUUAAUCAUUAUUCAACAUUAUAUGCCAAGGACUGCAUCCAUUCUCAUUGCGUCUUAGGUGGAGACCAUUUCAUCAGAGGCUUUGCAUACACAACUGGAGAAAGAGAUGGCAUUCUAAUCGGAGAACCAACUGGAGUUGAAAGAUUUUAUGUUGUUCCAAGGGGCAUGGAGAAGAUUGUUGAUUAUGUUUCGAAACGAUACAAUAACAUGCCCAUAUAUGUAACAGAGAAUGGAUAUUCUCCACCACAGACUGAACAAGUGCCAGAUUUGCUGCAUGAUGUCAACCGAAUCAAGUUCCAUAGAAGCUACCUUGCUGCUUUGGCGAGAGCAAUAAGGAAUGGUGCAGAUGUGCGCGGAUACUUUGUAUGGAGCUUGAUGGAUAACUUUGAAUGGACAGGAGGUUACAGUGCAACAUUUGGAGUUUACCAUGUUGAUCGUCAAACCCUGAAGAGGACUCCGAAGCUUUCCUCUAAAUGGUAUGAAGAUUUUCUCUCUAACAGAAGCCAAGGAAGCAACAGAGAUGGGUUCAACAACAUAAAAGAGGGUUCUAAACGUUCUCUGAAAAGCAAAAAUAUCAUAAUUACUAGAACAGAAGCUAAAGAAACAGAAAUGUGAUGAUACCACUAGAUUUCAUCAUCCUUAUGUUGUUGUCAUCCUAGUUUUGCUCCUUCAUGCUUUGAAGGUUGCACUUGUAUGAUAAAGCAGAUGAUGGUGCAUAAAUACUUGAUGUUUAUAUAUGUCCUAACGCUAUUUACAUGCUUGUUUAAGCUGAUUAAACAAGAGCAGUUCCACAUUCA